AUGUCAGCUACUUCACCAGACACCAGUAAUCCAGUUUACUUCUGGAAACCAGAAGGAGAAACAGGAUUCUUGGGCCAGUGGUGGCCAUCCUCAUUUAAAUGGGAAACCGACGGAGAAACAUUCAACUACGCAAACGCUGAACAAUACAUGAUGCACCGCAAAGCCCUCCUCUUCGCCGGUCCCACCAACGAAAUAACCCAACAAAUCGGCGUCGGCUGGCAAACACACCCACGCGAAAUCCGCAACCUGGGCCGUAAGAUCCCGAAUUUCUCAGACCAAAUCUGGGAGGAGAAUCGCUUUGCAAUCGUGGUCGAAGGGAGUUUUCUGAAAUUUUCGCAGAAUGAGGAACUAAAGCAGAUGCUGCUUGAGACGGGGAACAGGGAGUUGGUUGAGGCUAGUCCGAUGGAUCGGAUUUGGGGGGUUGGUUUUGGGGCGAGGAAUGCUGGCGCUAAUCGGCAUAAAUGGGGGUUGAAUCUUUUGGGGAAAGCGCUUAUGGAGACUAGGGAGAGGUUGGUUAAUGAGGGGAGGAAUUUGGAUUAG